ACGAAUAUCAAAUAUAGUUUAAAACAAAGGAAGUCACUGACAUCGGACAGCGUUGAUAUUAUCAAAACAACAAAACGUUAUUUAUAUAGCUCAAAAUAAAGUUUAUACUUUGCCAUUUUUGUACAUAUUUCACCCAGGAAACAUGAUAUUAAGAGUAUUAUUCAUUUCUUUAACGCUACUGGCAUGCGUACUAUGUUCCUGCGAUAUCCUAGAAUGGACUGGGGGAAGUUACGAAUUUCCAAAUGAAGACGCCGAAUUCAUGGCCAUUCAAAACGGAAGCUACAUCCCUCAAAAUGUGAUCGCCACAAGAGGCCAAAUCUACAAAGACGACAUCUACGUAGCUUUGCCGAGGUUCAAGCCUGGAAAUCCAGCCACUUUAGCUAAAGUUGCCGUUAAAUCCAUAUGCAGUGAUGCCGUGCUCACACCCUUUCCCAAUUGGGAAGCACAAAACCAAAACGACACCGAUGGUCUACAUUCCAUAGUGGAUAUAUUCGUAGAUAUCCAUGGGGUUUUGUGGGCGCUGAAUUCCGGAAUAGUUAAUGUUUUAACCGAACCCAUUAGGAAGUGUCAUCCUAAAGUUGUUGCUUAUAAUUUACUUACCGGAAGUAAAAUAAAAACUGUGGACUUAUCUGGAUUAGUGGUGCAAGGUUCCAGAUUGCAGUAUCUCGCUGUUGACUAUGGAACUGAUGGAAAACCUUUUGUUUAUAUCACUGAUGCCGCAACAAGAUCGAUCAUUGUUUUCAAUGUCAUAGAAAACAAAGCCUAUCGCAUAGUGGUACCUAAAUCUGCUCUAGGACCAAGACGUGACGUUUUAUACGCUGCUUUAGUUCAAAAAGGUUGUGGAAAUAACAUUUUAGUGUUCACCUACCUGUCAGGAAGUAGAAUAUUCUCCAUCAAAACCGAGUAUCUCAGAUCUGGAUCUGCAUCAGGAAAAAUAGAAGAUUUAGGUGCAAAAGACGGAAGAAUAAUACUGUUAGGUACAGACGGAGGUACAGCUAUUUUCUACAGGUACGAAGGGAAACCUGAAAUUUACAGAUGGGAUGCAAAUCAAGGAAGUUUUCUUGGUGGUGAGUUAGUGUACAGUUCUCCCAGUUGUUACCUAUCUACUCAAGUAUUGCCAGAUGCCAGACGUUUAAGAAUGAGAGUGUUGGAAAGUAAUUUUCCCGAUUAUUUGGCUGGAACAGUUGGAUGUGGUGCUGCUCAAAGAGUCGCAUUGAUGAUUGGUAGUACAUAAAAAUUGUAAUAUUAUUUAUUGAUUAAAUAAAGAUUUUAGCCUCCAUAUGUUUGAUUUUUUUA